AUGGCGUCGAUUGUGGCCUCCCUAGUGUUCCUCGAGUUAGCCAAGCACUUCUCCGAGUUGGUGAUCUGGUGCGCACUGCUCUUGGGACCUAGCGUCAUGAUCGUCCUUGGAGCACUGAUGAUGGUCCCAGUGGAAGGCAAAUGGCCGAUGCCAGGCAUCAUCGGCGCAAUUAAGUUCUCACUGGGCUGCUGCUUCUUCGUCUGUGUCCUCUGUUGCUGGAGAGACUUGGUGCCAUUCUCCGCAGCACUCAUGAGGACGAUCAUUAAAGUCAUGGAGAUACAUACGUCGAUGAUGUUUGUCUCCAUCUGGGGAGCCUUGAUGUCCUGUGCUUGGAGCCUGCUCUGCUGCAUGAGCCUUCUCGCCUUCUUCAUCCACGACGAAGAAGCCAUGGCGAAGCUGACAAAGGGAAAGGCCUCGAGCUCGCCCGCCAAAGCUGGUUUCGUCUUCGUUUUCGGCUUCGUCCAGUACUGGGGCUUAAUGGUUGCUAUGGAUGCAGCCUACACUGCCUGCUGCGGUGUCUUCGGGCGCUGGUACUUUGCCAAGGAUAGGCGACCUGGCGACACUCCCGUCAUGAGCGCCAUCAAGGAUGCCUACACGACAUCCUUCGGAUCUAUCUGUCUCGGCGCCUUCAUCGUGGCCCUCAUCCGGGCCCUUGAGCUUCUGGUCAGAACGCUUCGAAGGGAAGCUCAGGAGGACGGAAACAUCGUUCUCUGUUUGAUCCUCUUGAUGGUGGAGUGCGUUAUCGAUUGCAUCGGCGACAUCAUGGAGUGGGUCUGCAGCUGGGCUUACGUGCAGUGCGCCCUCCGCGGCUUGUCCUUCUUCCAGGCAUGCAGUGCUACUUUUGCGCUGGCUGUGCAUGCGGGAGUUGACAGCAUCGUCUCGCGUAGCGUUGUCGGGAUGGUCCCACUGCUGGGCGCGUUGCCAGCCGGCUUGUGUGCAGGUGGCGGUGCUGGCUACCUCGUCUUCAGCAUGACUGCGCAAGAUUGUACUCAAGGUGAACGUUGGACAGUGGUGGUGAUCUGCAUGUGGUUGGGGCUCUGCACUUCCUGGGCCGCAUUGAUGCCCCUCAAGAGCGGCGCAUCCACGAUCAUCAUGUGCUUCGCAGAGGAGCCUGACUACCUCAGGAAUUUGGACCCAUCGCUCCACCACAAGUUCUGUGACCUUGAUGAUGCGCGGUCCAGCAUUGCUUCCUCCCGCUCCUCACGGCCUUCCAUCGAUCCGCGAGAGCUGCGGGCGACACCGAUGCUCGAGAUGCAAGGCAGCCGACAGUUGCAAGUGACGGUGCCGCAAGGUGUCAGUGCCGGCCAGAUGGUUCAGGUGCAGACUCCCGAAGGCCAGAUGCUGCAGGUCCAGGUCCCUGCAGGCUAUGGACCAGGCAAGCGGUAG